GCGUGGGAGAAUGAUUCGAAGAGCAUGCCAGAUGAGGAAAACAUAUAUUCUAGGAGAUGUACUGAAAAGCAAUCCGCAUAAACCAGCUGGACCUUUGUGGUGAAAUUGAUACACUGGAGCUCGAGGCAACGGUGGAGAGACAACGAGUGCUGGUAGUUGAGCUUUGCAGGUAGGGAUUUUGUGCUCCGCUGGACCAUCCCACCACCUUUCAACACUACUCACCCCUCUGCUCCGCUGGUAUAUGUGGCAUCAAAGUUCUUGGCGAGAAGUUGGAUCUUUUUUCGAUUUUGGAUUCGGGUCUGAACAUUUUGACUGCGCCUCUUGUACCCGAUUCAACACCACUCUCAAUCAUUCUCCGACCUAAAACUAUACUCAAUUGAACUUGCACACUAUCACAAUGGGUUUCACUGAUCUGGUUUCCGAUGGUGGCCUUCAGCUCCUGAACAGCUGGCUCACCACCCGAUCUUAUAUCUCUGGCUACACUCCCUCUCAAGCCGAUGUUGUUACAUUCAAGGCUAUCAAGGAGACCCCCGCAGUCGAGAAAUACCCUCAUGCCUACCGCUGGUAUAACCAUGUCAAGUCCUACGAGGCUGACUUUUCCACUCUUCCCGGCGACCCGUCCAAGCCAUUCACCACCUAUGGCCCUGAAGCCGUCGCUGUGACACAAAACCCCAAGGAUGCCCCCGAAGCUGAUGAUGACGACGAGGUCGAUCUAUUCGGCUCGGAGGAAGAGGAAGAAGACCCAGAGGUUGUUGCUGAGCGUGAGAAGAGAUUGGCAGACUACAAGAAGAAGAAGGAAGGCAAGGCGAAGCCAGCAGCCAAGUCUAUUGUCACACUGGAUGUCAAGCCUUGGGAUGAUGAGACCGAUAUGGACCAGCUGACUAAAAAUGUGUUGGCCAUCGAGAUGGAGGGUCUUGUUUGGGGUGGCCACAAGUUGGUGGCAGUCGGUUUCGGUAUCAAGAAGCUGCAGAUCAACUUGGUGGUCGAGGACGAGAAGGUGUCUUUGGAAGAUCUAGCACAGCAGAUUGAGGAGGAUGAGGACCACGUCCAGUCCACCGAUGUGGUUGCCAUGCAGAAGCUGUAGACGGCUUAAAAACCAUUCGACGCAGUGCAGUGGAACAUGACUGUCGUGCAGGGACCAGACCUGUUAUCUGGCGUGUGGAUGCAGCCUUGCAUGUCAGGCUGGCUGGUGUCCAUGUGUUGGUAGAGCAUGUCUUGACUGCACAAUGAGCAAUUUCACGAUAGACGAGAUGAAAUGAUAAAAGUCGCACAGCUUGCAGA